GAUGGAGGCGAGAGAAGGCAGUGCAAUUGGGAAGGAAGGAGAGGAAAUACACCAGCCUUUUCUCCUGACCCCAAAUCAUGGCUUCACAUGGCCCCAGUCUACCCACUAAAGGGUCUCUCUCUUCCUCCAUCCUCCUCAGGGGAUGACUCCAGCAGAUCACCCCACUUCUUUGAAGAGCCCAGAGAAAGAUGUCGGCCCAGUCCCUUCCUGCAGCAACACCCCCUACUCAGAAGCCCCCGAGGAUCAUCCGCCCCCGGCCCCCUUCUCGUCCCCGGGCUCCCCACUCCCCGGGGCCUCCCCUCAAUGGCUCCUCUCCACAAGCACUUCCCCGAGCCUCCAGUGAGGCACCAACCCCAAUGUGCUCCCCUAUUUUCUGGGAGCCCCCAGCUGCAUCCCUCAAGCCCCCUGCCCUUCUGCCUCCCUCAGCUUCUAGAGUCAGUCUUGACUCCCAGACUCCCCCAGAUUCAUCUUCCAGGUCCCCCAGUCCUGCGUCCCGGCGAUCCAUCUCUCCCGAACCCACUCCCUGUUCCCCGGUUCCCCCACCUAAGCCCUCUGGGUCACCCCGCCCAGCUCUGCCCCUGCUCCCAGGGACUGAGGCCCCCAACCAGGAUGGCUCUGCCUCUGCCCCUGGCACUGUGCGGAGACUGGCAGGCAGGUUUGAAUGGGGAGCUGAAAGCAAGAAACACACUUCGGGCUCCCUCGAGCGGGGUUCUCAAGGGGGAACAGAUGUGAAUGGGGAGAGAGAGGCUCCUCACGUCAUGCUGACCGGGAAUGGGUCCCAGGAGAAUGGCGCUCUGGAUGCUGCUCUUGCCUGCCCUCCAUGCUGCCCCUGUGUCUGCCACGUAGCCCGGCCUGGCCUGGAGCUCCGAUGGGUGCCAGUGGGGAGCCCUGAAGAUGGCCCCAGGGCUCUCUGUCGUGCCUCCCCGCUAAGGACCUCCCGCUCCUGCCCUAACCCUCCAAGCAUCAGUCAUCCCGCAGUGGUCCUCACUUCUUAUCGGUCCACUGCUGAACGCAAGCUCCUGCCACCUCUUAAACCCCCUAAACCAACUCGGGUCAGACAGGAUACCACCAUCUCUGGGGAAGCUCCACAGCCAGAUCUUGAUCUACCUUCUGAAGAUGGAAUCCAAACAGGUACAGGGUCUAGUCCUGAUGAAGCUCCUGGGAAUGCUCAUCCUACAGCCAUGGAGGGAAGGGAUGAAGAGGGGCUGGAGGGACUAAAGGAACAGAACUGGGAGCUGCCCCUGCAGGAUGAACCUCUGUACCAGACCUACCGAGCAGCCGUGCUAUCAGAGGAGCUGUGGGGGGUUGGUGAGGAUGGGGGUCCCUCUCCAGCAAAUCCUGGGGAACCUUCCACUUUCACACGGCCCCCUGGACCUCGAAACACCCUGUGGCAGGAGCUUCCAGCUGUGCGAGCCAGUGGCCUCCUGGAGACCCUCAGUCCCCAAGAGAGGCGCAUGCAGGAGAGCCUAUUCGAGGUGGUGACAUCUGAGGCCUCCUACCUGCGCUCCCUGCAGCUGCUGACUGACACCUUUGUGCUGAGCCAGGCACUUCGGGACACACUCACCCCUCGGGAUCACCACACACUCUUCUCCAAUGUGCAGCGAGUCCAGAGCGUCAGUGAGCGGUUUCUAGGAACAUUACUGUCCCGUGUGCGUUCUUCGCCACACAUCAGUGACCUGUGUGAUGUGGUGCACGCUCAUGCAGUGGGUCCCUUCUCGGUGUAUGUGGAUUAUGUGCGGAAUCAACAGUAUCAGGAGGAGACCUACAGUCGCCUAAUGGACACAAACAUGCGCUUCUCUUCGGAGUUGCGUAGGCUGCAGAGCCUCCCUAAGUGUGAGCGGCUUCCACUACCAUCCUUCUUGUUGCUGCCUUUCCAGCGCAUCACCCGGCUCCGCAUGUUGCUACAGAAUAUCCUGCGCCAGACAGAGGAGGGAUCCAGUCGCCAGGAGAAUGCUCAGAAGGCCUUGGGUGCUGUCAGCAAGAUCAUCGAGCGUUGCAGCGCUGAGGUGGGGCGCAUGAAGCAGACUGAAGAGCUGAUCCGACUCACCCAAAGGCUGCGCUUCCACAAAGUCAAGGCUCUGCCCCUGGUCUCCUGGUCACGGCGCCUGGAGUUGCAGGGGGAGCUGACGGAGUUAGGGUGCAGGAGAGGGGGUGUGCUCUUCACCUCCAGGCCUCGCUUCACCCCCCUCUGCCUGCUGCUCUUCAGUGACCUGCUGCUCAUCACUCAGCCCAAGAGUGGGCAGCGGCUACAGGUUCUGGACUAUGCCCAUCGCUCCCUGGUGCAGGCCCAGCAGGUUCCAGACCCAUCUGGACCCCCUACCUUCCGCCUCUCCCUUCUCAGCAACCACCAGGGACGCCCCACCCAUCGGCUACUCCAAGCUUCCUCCCUAUCAGACAUGCAGCGCUGGCUGGGAGCCUUCCCUACCCCAGGUCCUCUUCCCUGCUCCCCAGACACCAUCUAUGAGGACUGUGAGUGUUCCCAGGAACUGUGUUCAGAGCCAUCUACACCUGUCAAGACUGAGGCACGGAUUCUGGAAUCCAGAGCUCCAUCCAAACAACUGCACAAGAGUCCUGAAGGCUGGCUGAAGGGGCUUCCUGGGGCCUUCCCUGCCCAGUUGGUGUGUGAAGUCACAGGAGAACACGAAAGAAGGAAGCAUCUUCGUCAGCACCAGAGGCUUCUUGAGGCUGUCGGACCCUCUUCAGGCACCCCUAGCACCUCUGCACCCUGA